UUACCCAAAUAUAAUUUGUAGAUUUUUGUGUAAUCAUGGUACUUGUAGUUCUUAACCUGUAAUGUUAGCUUUACAUUUCUGUAUUUUAUUUUAGUGCCUCUGCCUCGUUUCAACAGCUAUGUAACGGACUUCUUGAAGGCAUAAACCCCUAGCAAUUGUCUUUUUUUUUCCACAUAGUCAGCUAUUUUACUCUAUAUAUAGUGGGGGCUUGUUUCAUUUGCUGUAUAUGGACCAGUAAGCUGAUACCUGGCCAGUCUUCUGAUUUUUAUUAAAGUAAAAUUUAAUUUGGCUAAUGUUCUGGAUUUUUUUCAAUGCAGUUCUUUAAUUAAAUCUAAUAUAACUUAUUGAUAGGUUCAGGUAAUUGCCAAAAAGAGGUGGUUUUCUAGAGUGAAAUAAGACUGUUCUCUCUGAGACUUUCUAGUAUUUUUUUUUUGUUUUGGUGAUUCUUGUAGUUUCUUUAAACUGGGGGGCCAGAAUUAAAAAGGAACUGGUCUACUAUUUGGAGCCCUGGUGGUGCAGUGGUUAAGAGCUGUGGCUGCUAACCAAAAGGAUGGCAGUUUGAAUCCACCAGGUGCUCCUUGGAAACCCUAUGGGGCAGUUCUACUCUGUCCUGUAGGGUAGCUAUGAGUUGGAAUCGACUCGACGGCAAAGGGUUUGGUUUUGGGUUUUAUUUAGGCUUACCUGCUUUGUCUUGAGUGUACAGAAGCUGUUGAUAAUAGUUAUUGUGGUUAUGCUUGAUUUUAAAAAGUCAUUCUAGUGGCCUAGAGUGACUAGUGCCUGCUCUUCUUUCUGUAGUGAGUUAUAAAGCAGCAUGACACUGUUUGAGUGUCUGAUUAGAAGGUAAAAGACUUGGGUCCCAGUCCUGGUUGUAUCCUUUCUUUCUUUGUGACCUUGGGCAGAUAAUUUAACCUUAGUGAGUUUCAAAUGCCUAAUCUGAAAGAUGUGGAUAUUACCACCUAACCUUCAGACUGUAGAGUGAGUUUUUGUUUAUAUGCUGGGUAUUGCAUUUAGGAGAUUAGGCUGCAGAGAGAACUUGGAGCACAGGGGCCUUCCUCCACUGGUUCAUGGAAGUGUUGACCAUUGCCUCAUUUGUUAACACCGUUCUACCUAGGACGUACCUCUGUUGUAUACGCGGGUAUCCUACUUGAAAAUAUUCACAUGUAGAUUAGUAUUACCUAGUAGAUUUACGAAUUCCUUGAAUUCAGGGUUCUUCUUUUUUUUUUUAUCCCUAGCAUCUAGCACAAUGCCUGGCCCAUAAUAGGAAUUCUUUAAUUGUGUGUUGAAGGUAUAAGUCUUGUGAGAAUAAACUAAAUAUACUGUAAAUGAAAGUAUUUUGUAAUGGUUUAGUGUUGUAUUUUACUUCUUUUAGUCGAUGUUUUUUGAUCAUUGUCAAUGCCCUGGUGGCACAAUGGUUAAGCACUUGGCUGCUAAUGGAAGAGUUGUUGGUUUGAACCUACCCAGCAGCUCCGCAGGAGAAAGGCCUGGCCGUGUGCUGCUCUAAAGAUUACAGCUUAGAAAAGCUUAUAGGGCAGUUCCGCUCUGUCACAUGGGGUUGCUAUGAAUCAAAAUUGACUUGACAGCAUGUAACAACAACAAGAAUGCUAAAAUGGUUUGGGAAGUUUUCUUCCUAAUCAGUUGAUAAUAUUUAGAGACUGCGAAUUACUUUAAAUCAAACUUAAAAAAAAAAAAAAGCUAGGGCAAGCUAUUUUAUAUUAUUCUUAAACUCUUACUUGCAUGUAAUAGUUGAUCAUUUAAAUGCCACACUGAGGUUCUAAAUAUGUUUUGAUAAAAUGCUAAAGGAUUAGCAUUUCCAACCAGUUUGUAAUAGUGUGCAUCAUUUUAGUUUAUCGUUUCUUUUUAGAAAGGAUAUUCUCAUCUCUACAAAUAUGGAAUUAUUACCCAUAUAUGGAUUUUGAAGGCUACUUAUAAUCUGAAGUUCUAUCAAGAAGCCUUCAAGACUGAAAUUACAGCAUUUCAGUGGAUAUUUUAAUCAGCUUGUUGGCAGUCAUAACCUUGAAUGGUAGUGUCUAGAAAGGGUAUGUCCCUUCAAGAGAGAGGUGCCAAUGUCCAACCGGCCUAAUAACAAUCCAGGGGGGUCACUGCGACGUUCACAGAGGAACACUGCCGGGGCCCAACCACAAGACGACUCGAUAGGAGGAAGGGUUUCAGAAAAGCUAACAACUGGAUACACAGCUUCCUUGUGUUUCUCAAGCUUGCUGUUAGAACAAUGCUGGCGUAAGGAUUUGACUUAUUAUAAAUAUGACUCUGCCAUCUCAAUAAUGGAAUUUUCUGGAUGUGUUCAGAAUAUUUUGUGGUCACAUUUAGGGCAGGCAAAGCAUAAGGGAUAUAGCCCUCCUGAGAGUAGAAAAUCUAAUUCUAAGGCACCCAGAGUGCAGUCUAAUACUACUUCUGAACUGUCAAGGGGACACCUUUCUAAAAGAAGCUGCAGCUCAUCACCUGCUGUCAUAGUUCCACAGCCAGAGGACCCAGACAGAGCCAGUACUUCAGAAAGGCAGAAAACGGGGCAGGUGCCUAAGAAGGACAGUUCUCGAGGAGUGAAACGCAGUGCUAGUCCAGACUACAACAGGACCAAUUCUCCUAGUUCUGCCAAAAAACCCAAAGCACUUCAGCAUACUGAAUCUCCCUCAGAAACGAAUAAGCCACAUAGUAAGUCAAAGAAGAGACAUUUAGACCAGGAGCAACAACUGAAAUCUGCACAGUCGCCAUCCACAAGCAAGGCUCAUCCCCGGAAGAGUGGGGCCACUGGUAGUUCACGGAGUCAAAAAAGAAAGAGGACAGAGAGUUCUUGUAUAAAGAGUGGUUCUGUGUCUGAAUCAACUGGUGCCGAAGAGAGAUCUGCAAAACCUACCAAGCUGGCUUCAAAAUCAGCCGCCUCAGCCAAAGCUGGGUGCAGCACCAUCACUGAUUCUUCUUCUGCUGCCUCUACUUCCUCAUCGUCUUCUGCUGUAGCCUCAGCCUCCUCGACUGUACCACCAGGUGCCAGGGUGAAACAAGGAAAAGACCAGAACAAAGCCAGGCGUUCCCGUUCAGCAUCCAGUCCCAGUCCCAGAAGAAGUAGCAGGGAAAAGGAACAGAGUAAAACUGGUGGCUCUUCAAAAUUUGAUUGGGCUGCUCGUUUCAGCCCUAAAGUUAGCCUUCCUAAAACAAAACUGUCUCUUCCAGGGUCUUCUAAGUCAGAGACAUCAAAACCUGGGCCUUCUGGAUUACAGGCCAAAUUAGCAAGUUUAAGAAAAUCUUCUAAGAAGCGCAGUGAGUCCCCACCUGCUGAGCUCCCCAGUUUGAGGCGGAGCACACGCCAAAAGACCACGGGCUCCUGUGCUAGUACCAGUCGGCGAGGCUCUGGCCUGGGCAAAAGAGGAGCAGCUGAAGCUCGUCGACAGGAGAAAAUGGCAGACCCUGAAAGCAACCAGGAAACGGUCAAUUCUUCAGCUGCUCGGACGGAUGAAACGCCCCAAGGAGCUGCAGCCUCUAGUUCUGUCGCAGGGGCCGUCAGCAUGACCACCUCUGGGGAGAGUGAAUCAGAUGAUUCUGAGAUGGGACGAUUACAAGCUCUGUUAGAGGCCAGGGGUCUUCCCCCUCACCUGUUUGGUCCUCUUGGUCCUCGGAUGUCACAACUUUUCCACAGAACAAUUGGAAGCGGAGCUAGUUCUAAGGCCCAGCAGCUUCUGCAAGGACUACAAGCCACUGAUGAAAGUCAGCAACUUCAGGCAGUUAUUGAAAUGUGUCAGUUAUUGGUCAUGGGUAAUGAGGAGACACUGGGAGGGUUUCCUGUCAAGAGUGUUGUUCCAGCUUUGAUAACAUUACUGCAGAUGGAGCAUAAUUUUGAUAUUAUGAACCAUGCUUGCCGAGCCUUAACAUACAUGAUGGAAGCACUUCCUAGGUCGUCUGCAGUCGUCGUGGAUGCGAUUCCUGUGUUUCUAGAAAAGCUGCAAGUUAUUCAAUGUAUUGAUGUGGCAGAGCAGGCCUUGACUGCCUUGGAGAUGUUAUCACGUAGACACAGUAAAGCCAUUCUGCAGGCGGGUGGUUUGGCAGACUGCUUGUUGUAUCUAGAGUUCUUUAGCAUAAAUGCCCAAAGAAAUGCACUAGCGAUUGCAGCCAAUUGCUGCCAGAGUAUCACGCCAGACGAGUUUCACUUUGUGGCAGAUUCCCUCCCAUUGCUUACCCAAAGGCUAACCCAUCAGGACAAAAAGUCAGUUGAAAGCACUUGCCUUUGUUUUGCACGUCUAGUGGACAACUUCCAACAUGAGGAGAAUUUACUCCAGCAGGUUGCUUCCAAAGAUCUGCUUACAAAUGUCCAACAACUAUUGGUAGUGACUCCUCCAAUUUUAAGUUCUGGGAUGUUUAUAAUGGUGGUUCGCAUGUUUUCUCUGAUGUGUUCCAACUGUCCAACUCUAGCCGUUCAACUUAUGAAGCAAAACAUUGCAGAGACACUUCACUUCCUCCUGUGUGGCGCCGCCAAUGGAAGUUGUCAGGAGCAGAUUGAUCUUGUUCCCCGGAGUCCUCAAGAACUGUAUGAACUGACAUCUCUGAUUUGUGAACUUAUGCCAUGUUUGCCAAAGGAAGGCAUUUUUGCAGUUGACACCAUGCUGAAGAAGGGAAAUGCACAGAACACAGAUGGUGCCAUAUGGCAGUGGCGUGAUGAUCGGGGCCUGUGGCAUCCCUAUAACAGGAUUGAUAGCCGGAUAAUUGAGGUAGCAGCCCAUCAGGUCGGUGAGGAUGAGAUAAGCUUGUCCACUCUGGGACGAGUUUAUACUAUUGAUUUUAAUUCUAUGCAGCAAAUCAAUGAGGACACGGGAACAGCACGUGCCAUUCAGAGAAAACCUAACCCCUUAGCCAAUACUAACACUAGUGGGUAUUCAGAGCUAAAGAAGGAUGAUGCUCGAGCACAGCUUAUGAAAGAGGACCCGGAACUGGCUAAGUCUUUUAUUAAGACCUUAUUUGGUGUUCUUUAUGAAGUGUAUAGUUCCUCAGCAGGACCUGCGGUCAGACAUAAGUGCCUUAGAGCAAUUCUUAGGAUAAUUUAUUUUGCGGAUGCUGAACUUCUGAAGGAUGUCCUGAAAAAUCAUGCUGUUUCAAGUCACAUUGCUUCCAUGCUAUCAAGCCAAGACCUGAAGAUAGUAGUUGGAGCGCUUCAGAUGGCAGAAAUCUUAAUGCAGAAGUUACCUGAUAUCUUUAGUGUUUACUUCAGAAGAGAAGGUGUGAUGCAUCAAGUGAAACACCUAGCUGAGUCCGAGUCUCUGUUGACGAGCCCCCCAAAGGCUUGUACAAAUGGCUCCGGGACCUUGGGGUCCACAACAUCAGUCGGCAGCGGAACAGCCACGGCUGCCACUAAUGCGGCGGCUGACUUGGGGUCCCCCAGCUUGCAGCACAGCCGAGACGAUUCUUUAGAUCUGAGCCCUCAAGGUCGAUUAAGUGAUGUCCUAAAGAGAAAACGACUGCCAAAACGAGGGCCAAGAAGGCCAAAGUACUCACCUCCCAGAGAUGAUGACAAAGUAGACAAUCAAGCUAAAAGCCCCACCACUACUCAGUCCCCUAAAUCUUCUUUCCUGGCAAGCUUGAAUCCAAAAACGUGGGGAAGGUUAAGCGCACAGUCCAACAGCAACAACAUUGAACCAGCACGCACCGCAGGCGUCAGUGGUCUUGCCAGGGCCGCCUCAAAGGACACCAUUUCCAAUAAUAGAGAAAAAAUUAAAGGUUGGAUUAAGGAGCAGGCACAUAAGUUUGUAGAGCGUUACUUCAGUUCCGAGAAUAUGGAUGGGAGCAAUCCUGCAUUGAACGUCCUGCAGAGACUUUGUGCUGCAACUGAACAACUCAACCUCCAGGUGGAUGGUGGAGCUGAGUGCCUUGUAGAAAUCCGUAGCAUAGUCUCAGAGUCAGAUGUCUCAUCGUUUGAAAUCCAACACAGUGGGUUUGUGAAGCAGCUGCUGCUUUAUUUGACGUCUAAAAGUGAAAAGGAUGCUGUGAGCAGAGAGAUCAGAUUAAAGAGAUUCCUUCAUGUAUUUUUUGCUUCUCCACUUCCUGGAGAAGAGCCCAUUGGAAGAGUAGAGCCGGUGGGGAACGCGCCUUUGUUGGCGUUAGUUCACAAGAUGAACAACUGCCUCAGCCAGAUGGAACAGUUCCCAGUCAAAGUUCAUGAUUUCCCCAGUGGAAAUGGGACAGGAGGCAGCUUUUCUCUCAACAGAGGAUCACAAGCUUUAAAAUUUUUCAACACACAUCAGUUAAAAUGCCAACUGCAGAGACACCCAGACUGUGCGAAUGUGAAGCAGUGGAAGGGUGGCCCUGUCAAGAUUGACCCUCUGGCUUUGGUACAGGCUAUCGAGAGAUAUCUUGUAGUUAGAGGGUAUGGAAGAGUAAGAGAAGAUGAUGAAGACAGUGAUGAUGAUGGAUCAGAUGAGGAAAUAGACGAGUCUCUGGCUGCUCAGUUCUUGAAUUCAGGAAACGUAAGACACAGGCUUCAGUUCUACAUCGGAGAACAUUUGCUACCAUAUAACAUGACUGUGUAUCAGGCAGUCCGGCAGUUCAGCAUACAGGCUGAAGAUGAAAGAGAGUCCACGGAUGAUGAAAGCAAUCCCCUGGGAAGAGCUGGUAUUUGGACAAAGACUCAUACAAUAUGGUAUAAACCCGUAAGAGAGGAUGAAGAAAGUAAUAAAGAUUGUGUUGGUGGUAAAAGAGGAAGGGCCCAAACAGCUCCAACAAAAACUUCCCCUAGAAAUGCAAAAAAGCAUGAUGAGUUAUGGCACGAUGGCGUGUGCCCAUCAGUAUCAAAUCCUUUAGAAGUGUACCUCAUACCCACAGCACCUGAAAAUAUAACCUUUGAAGACCCAUCUUUAGAUGUGAUCCUCCUUUUACGAGUUUUACACGCUGUCAGUCGAUACUGGUAUUACUUGUAUGACAAUGCAGUGUGCAAGGAGAUUAUUCCAACUAGUGAAUUUAUUAACAGUAAAUUGACAGCAAAGGCAAACAGGCAGCUUCAAGAUCCUUUAGUAAUCAUGACCGGAAACAUCCCUACAUGGCUUACUGAGCUAGGGAAAACCUGCCCGUUUUUCUUUCCUUUCGACACCCGGCAAAUGCUUUUUUAUGUCACUGCAUUUGAUCGGGACCGAGCAAUGCAAAGAUUACUUGAUACUAACCCAGAAAUCAACCAGUCCGAUUCUCAAGAUAGCAGAGUUGCACCUAGAUUGGAUAGAAAAAAACGUACUGUGAACAGAGAGGAGCUACUGAAGCAAGCCGAGUCUGUGAUGCAGGAUCUCGGCAGCUCACGGGCCAUGCUAGAGAUCCAGUAUGAAAAUGAGGUUGGCACAGGCCUUGGGCCUACACUGGAAUUUUAUGCACUUGUAUCUCAGGAACUACAGAGAGCUGACCUGGGUCUCUGGAGAGGUGAAGAAGUAACUCUUAGCAAUCCAAAAGGAAGCCAAGAAGGGACCAAGUAUAUUCAAAACCUCCAGGGCCUGUUUGCACUUCCCUUUGGUAGGACAGCUAAGCCAGCUCAUAUCGCAAAGGUUAAGAUGAAAUUUCGCUUCUUAGGAAAAUUAAUGGCCAAGGCUAUCAUGGAUUUCAGAUUGGUGGACCUUCCCCUUGGCUUACCCUUUUAUAAGUGGAUGCUACGGCAGGAAACUUCACUCACAUCGCAUGAUUUGUUUGAUGUAGACCCAGUUGUAGCCAGAUCAGUAUACCACCUCGAAGACAUUGUCAGACAGAAGAAAAGACUUGAACAAGAUAAAUCCCAGACCAAAGAGAGUCUACAAUAUGCAUUAGAAACCCUGACUAUGAAUGGCUGCUCAGUUGAAGACCUAGGAUUGGAUUUCACGCUGCCAGGGUUUCCCAACAUUGAGCUGAAGAAAGGAGGAAAGGACAUACCAGUGACUAUCCACAAUUUAGAGGAGUAUCUAAGACUGGUUAUAUUUUGGGCCCUAAAUGAAGGCGUCUCCAGGCAAUUUGAUUCAUUCAGAGAUGGAUUUGAAUCUGUCUUCCCACUCAGUCAUCUUCAGUACUUCUACCCAGAGGAACUGGAUCAGCUCCUGUGUGGCAGUAAAGCAGACACUUGGGAUGCAAAGACAUUGAUGGAAUGCUGCCGGCCGGAUCACGGUUACACUCAUGACAGUCGGGCUGUGAAGUUCUUGUUUGAGAUUCUCAGCAGCUUUGAUAACGAGCAGCAGAGGUUAUUUCUCCAGUUUGUGACAGGUAGCCCCAGACUGCCUGUUGGAGGCUUCCGGAGUUUGAAUCCACCUUUGACAAUUGUCCGGAAGACAUUUGAGUCAACAGAAAACCCAGAUGACUUCCUGCCCUCUGUAAUGACUUGCGUGAACUAUCUUAAGUUGCCGGACUAUUCAAGCAUUGAGAUAAUGCGAGAGAAACUGUUGAUAGCAGCGAGAGAAGGGCAGCAGUCGUUCCAUCUUUCCUGAUCACAACACCAACUCAGUGUCUGCCUGUUACAGCAAAAGAAAGAAUCAUGAUUUCUUUUCUAAAUGUAUCACCUGAGUCAAGGAAACAUGUUACGCCUUCUUGUCGUAGGAAAAAACGGCUUGCAGAUGAUAAAAGAGACACUUGGUUGCUGUUCAUUAAUGGCCCCAUGGACUUAAAGUGAUCAGGCCCUAAAAAGUUGUUGUAAUGAGGUUUCUUUAGCAAGUUCUUGUUUAAAUUAUCAUUUAUUUGAUGAGUGAAGUUUUUAACUUGCUUUGCUGUGUGAAAUUUAAAAAAGGGAUGUUUUUCAGGCUGGAACAAUAAAUGUCGCUGUGCAGUUUAA